UAAAGUAUCCGGUAUUUGGUGCUACAUCAAAACAAGUCCUUCUUUCCUGUGCACGUCCAUGCUUUGAACAGCUGAGGUGGUGCUUCUCUCUGACUGACAGCCGUAAAACAUUUCGUCCUCAUUUCCCACGAAUAUAGCUCAACAUGACUAAAGACGAAGUGCAGGGGGCGACGGAGGAGGAGCAGCAGGCUCAGUCAAAGAAGGGCCUGAAGAAACAGCAGAAGGAAGCGGAGAAAGCUGCAAAAAAGGCUGAGAAGCAGGCCAAGCUGGCUGCCGACCAGCAGGGCCCAGAGGAAGAUGACUUUGCCAAGGACCGAUAUGGAGUGUCGCCUAUGAUCCAGUCCCAACAAAAACUGGACAGGGUGUUGGUGCGGGUCCAAGACCUUACUCCUGAGAAAGCUGACCAGCUGAUCUGGCUGCGUGCCCGAGUCCACACCAGCAGAGCCAAAGGAAAGCAAUGCUUCUUGGUCCUGCGUCAGCAGCAGUUCAACGUGCAGGCGCUGGUCGCAGUGGGAGAUCGUGCCAGCAAGCAGAUGGUCAAGUUUGCCGCAAACAUCACCAAGGAGAGCAUCGUAGACGUGGAGGCGUCGGUGAGGAAAGUGGAACAGAAGAUCGAGAGCUGUUCCCAGCAGGACGUGGAGCUGCACAUCGAGAGGAUUUUUGUCAUCAGCCAGUCAGAGGCUCGUCUCCCUUUGCAACUGGAGGAUGCCGUCAGGCCUGAUGGAGAGGGGGAAGAGGAAGGCCGAGCCACAGUCAACCAGGACACAAAGCUGGACAACAGGGUGAUUGAUCUCAGGACCACCACCAGCCAGGCCAUCUUCCGCCUGCAGUCGGGAGUGUGCCAGCUCUUCCGAGACACCCUCACCAAUAAGGGCUUUGUGGAGAUCCAGACCCCUAAAAUCAUAUCAGCUGCCAGCGAAGGCGGAGCCAAUGUCUUCACUGUGUCUUACUUCAAGACCAGCGCCUACCUGGCCCAGUCCCCCCAGCUCUACAAGCAGAUGUGCAUCUGUGCUGACUUUGACAAGGUCUUCUGUGUGGGUCCAGUUUUCAGGGCGGAGGACUCCAACACCCACCGUCACUUGACCGAGUUUGUGGGUCUGGAUAUCGAGAUGGCCUUCAGCUAUCAUUACCAUGAAGUGAUUGACUCCAUCACUGACACCAUGGUGCAGAUUUUCAAGGGCCUGAGGGACAACUUCCAGACAGAGAUCCAGACGGUGAACAAGCAGUACCCCAGUGAGCCAUUCAAAUUCCUGGAGCCGACUCUGAGACUGGAGUACACCGAGGCCUUGGCCAUGCUGCACGAGGCCGGUGUGGAGAUGGGAGACGAAGAAGACCUCAGUACGCCCAAUGAAAAGCUGCUUGGCCGUCUUGUCAAGGAAAAGUAUGAUACUGACUUCUAUGUGCUGGAUAAAUACCCACUGGCUGUGAGACCCUUCUACACCAUGCCUGAUCCCAGCAACCCUAAAUACUCCAACUCCUACGACAUGUUCAUGAGGGGAGAGGAGAUCCUGUCUGGAGCUCAGAGAGUCCACGAUGCUCAGAUGCUGACUGAGAGGGCCACCCAUCACCAGAUCAAUCUGGAGAAGAUCAAGUCUUACAUCGACUCCUUCCGUUAUGGGGCUCCCCCACAUGGAGGCGGAGGCAUUGGCCUGGAGAGAGUCUGCAUGCUGUACCUGGGCCUGCACAACGUGCGUCAGACCUCCAUGUUCCCACGUGACCCUAAACGCCUCACGCCUUGAAGAGUCAACCACAAAGCAGAUGCUGGUGAUGAGAAACAAUACUAAUCCACAAUCCACAUAGAGGGAGAGUAUAGGAGCCAGUACCACCCUAUGACUCUAAUGUGCCACUUUGAUUAACCAAUAAGAUGUGACAAUUAAGCAUUUGCAACAGAGGGGUGUAGUUUAUUGAUUGGUGUAUGGGGCUCUCUUACAACAACAAACAACAUAUAAAAAGGAUAAAGAAGUUGGCUAGUGAUUUAAGGAACUUCCUGUAGAGAUGCACGCACUUAAUCCAUCUUUUGAUCAAGUUUGUGUUUGUCUUUUUCUAUGGAGCUAUGUGAAAAAGUAAUUUUAACUCAGAAGAGUCCCUCCUACUACCAGCACAGAUUAAGGACUAAUGAUUGUGGUCUCCAGCAGUAUUCCUGUAACUACAGGUGUUUUGUAUGUCAUAACUAAACACACAAUAAUAAUUAAAAAAACUUCACAAAUA